AUGAUCUACCGUAUCCUACUCCUCCUACUCACCACUACCGCCUUCACUACCGGGGACCCCGUGCACAUCUCCAUGUCAAUCCGUUGUUCCCCGACUAAUAGUGUCUACUGUGGAGUACUGUACGUCUAUGAGGUGGAUUAUGGAGCAUCACAUGACGUCAUUAAGAAGGAGGAGUUCUGUGUGGAUCCCGCGUUGUAUAAGAAGGAUUUCAGUUGGGAUUAUUCGGGAGGCGAUGCGUCACCGCAAUACGAGAUCACCUAUCAACUGAGUCACAAUUGUACCAGCAAGGGCGUCUACCGUUGUAUCAACCCCGAGCCCGUUGAUGUUUGGGUUUUUGGAGAACAAAAAGUGCACUUCGAUCUGAACGCCUAUGAGAACGGCACCCUCUCCGCGUGUCUUCCAAUGUACUAA